AUGUAUCUCAUCAAUGUGUUUGGGAAUCUGCUCAUCAUCCUCGCCAUCAGCUCAGACUCCCACCUCCACACACCCAUGUAUUUCUUCAUUGCCAAUCUGUCCUUUGUAGACAUUUGCUUCACUUCCACCACUGUCCCCAAGAUGCUGGUGAACAGCCAAACAGGAAACAAAGGCAUCACCUAUUCUGGUUGUAUCGCACAAAUACACUUUUACCUCCUUUUUGCUGGACUGGAUGACUUUCUCCUGACUGUGAUGGCCUAUGACCGCUUUGUGGCCAUCUGCCAUCCCCUACACUACUCGGUCAUCAUGAACUCCCGACUCUGUGUAUUGCUGGUCCUGGUGUCUUGGAUUAUUAUUGUCUUUUUAUUUUAUAGCUCAAUCCUUGGAGUGUACCUGAGCUCCGCUGCUACCCACAACUCACUCUUUGGUGCCACCGCUUCCAUGAUGUACACAGUGGUUACCCCUAUGCUGAACCCCUUCAUCUACAGUCUCAGGAACAAAGACAUCAAGAGGGCUCUGAAAAGAUUCUUUGUGAAGAAAACCACAAAGGGGCGCGUGUCCUAG